AUGAAGCCCGAGUAUGAGUUGACUCUGUAUUUUGGCGCAUUCAUCCAUCUUCCUCGGUUACCUGAGGGCCAAUCUCGGGAUAAACCAAAACCACAGUUAGUUCGAAACCAUGGUCUGCUCUGGGUGUCUGCGAAUGAUGGUCGGAUCGAGGGCUUUGACUGGGAUGCUCAGCAUUACACGACAGUUCAAGCAUUGAUGGCUCGCAAAGGUUGGGUGGAUAUCAAUAAUCCUGAGACCAAUGGAAAUAACAUAGACGGAAAGCAGACCAUGGUGAAGCUGGUCUCUACCAGCACAGACCAAAACGAGUUUUUCUUCCCUGGCUUCAUUGAUACCCACAUCCAUGCUCCACAAUAUCCAAAUUCUGGACUCUUCGGUUCGACUACCUUGCUAGACUGGCUAGAGGAGUACACAUUCCCCAUGGAAUCAUCAUUCGGAACCCAUGACAAAAAGGACUCCAGAGAUCCUAAAGAUACACCAUCAAACAGCCUCCGCAUCUACGACCAAGUCGUCGCGCGCACACUGUCCCACGGCACAACCUGCGCCUCAUACUUCGCAACCAUCCAUAUCGCUGCCACCAAUGCUCUGGCCCGCCUCUGCUACAACAGAGGUCAGCGCGCCUUCAUCGGCCGCGUUUGCAUGGACAACCCGGAUUUCUGCCCAUCGUAUUACCGCGACGACUCAGCUGAGGAAUCUUUGACAGCUACUGAGGCGACAAUUGAGUACAUCCAAGCCAUGGACCCAGAGGGCACCCUCGUGAAACCAAUCGUCACACCCAGAUUCGUACCAACAUGCACACGCCCCUCACUCGAAAACCUAGGUAAACUCGCCGCAUCAUACACGCCACCCCUUCACAUCCAAACACAUAUCUCCGAGAAUAUCAACGAAGUCGCACUCGUCAAGGAGCUAUUCCCGGAAUCGAGCAGCUAUGCCGGUGUAUACGACACAUACAACCUGCUUACACCACGAACGAUCCUCGCACAUGCCGUGCACCUUACGGCAGAUGAGCGAAGACUGAUCCUUGAGCGCGAUGCCAAGAUCUCGCAUUGUCCUGCUUCGAACUCUGCGCUCGGGUCUGGUAUCGCGCCUGUCCGUACAUUCCUUGACGAGGGAAUGACCGUUGGUCUCGGCACGGAUGUGAGUGGUGGGUAUAGUCCCAGUAUUCUUGAAGCGGCGAGACAGGCUUGUCUUGCGUCAAGAUUGCUGGGCCACACCACUGCCUUUGCGAAGAAGGAGAACCACCACCAGUGCAAUGGAAAUGCUCAGGGCAAGGCGGGUGCAAAGGAUGAGACUGGACGGGAGAAACUCUCCGUGGAAGAGAGUUUGUAUCUGGCCACCCGUGGUGGAGCAGCUGUUAUUGAUAUGGCCGAUGAUCUGGGUGGAUUUGACGUGGGGAUGAUUUUCGAUGCUCAGCUGAUUCAGCUGGGUUGUGUUAGCCAGGAAAAUCCAGAGACCCUGCUUGAUGAGCGUGCCGGGAAGAAUCUUGUCAGACCUGGCACCGUGAGCAAUGUUGACAUCUUUUCAACCGAAAAGUGGGAGGAGAGAGUUCAUAAAUGGGUUUGGGGUGGUGAUGACCGAAAUGUUAAGGCUGUAUGGGUUGGGGGAAAGCUGGUUCAUGAGCGGGAUUAG